AGGAACAAAAAUUAAAGAUAAAAAACGGACAAUUCUUACCAAAAUUUAAAAAAAUGAAAAAGGGUACAUAUGAAAAAUCGAAGUGUCACACAGAACAACAGAAGUAACAGAGAAAACGAUUAGAAAUCAGAGAGAAAAGAAAGAAAAUUUCUGCCCCCAAAUUGAGAGAGAGAGAGGGAGAGUGGGAAGUAAUGCGAGAGAUGAAGAAACCCGGCGGAGCAGACAAGAAAAGGGUUCGAAGAUCGUCGGCAGCGGUGCAGAACGGCGGUCGAGAUCCCAGCUCCGAUACUCCGCCUAGGAAACAGCCUGCAAAGAAAGAUGUCUUCCAGUUGUUUGCUGAGAAGGUGAGGGACCACAAAGAACUGGUCUCCCGUUGGGCUGUCCUUCAGGAAACUCGUGUGGAAUAUUUCAGGGGUAAGGACUUUGUAAGCUUUCUGAAAAAUCAUCCAGAGGUGAAGGAGAUACUGGAAUCAGAAAAGAACUUGGAGGUCGAAGAAAUCGCCGACGUUCUAUUGAGUAAAAACCUCUUGGUGCGUUGUGAUCGGGUGGUGAAAACUAUUCGUCCUGGGAAGAAAAAGUUGUCAACAUGGCCAGCACAUUUAGAGAUAUUCCCUGAUCAAGUGUUCUCAGAUAAUGACGCUUUCUUCGCAUGGGCGUUUGUGAAACGAAGGCCACUUUGGCAAACACUUCUCUCGUUUUUCUGGCCCGUCUUGACUCUAGCAAUAUGUUUGUUUCCUGUAUAUCCACACCGGUGCAAGCUUCUGAUUCUCUACUCAUGUGCGGGUGUCCUUUUGCUCAUUCUCUCCCUCCUUUUGUGAAAACGAGUUUGGUUCUUCCCCAAUAUCCUUGCUGAGGAAGCUACAUUGAGCGAGUUAUUCCGAUUCUGGCCCCAAAAAGACGAGGAGGAACGCCCUAAGUGGACAACGAGGCUUUUGUAUACUGUUGUUGCUGUGUCAGUUAUAUUGCUGCUGAGACAUCAUGCACCUGAUGAGGCAGCAAGACUUAGGUAUCAGAAGAGGAUGUCCAACAUUAUCGAUGACGUGCUUGAGUGGUCUCCAAGGCUAGCGUUAUCCGGGUUCAUGGACAAGCCACAAGAUGUAGCUAAUGUGACUGAUUCUGGAAGCAAUUAUGCAGACGGUAGUGGUGAAGCACAACCGGAGAAUACGCCUCCGGUUGAGGAUUCUGGUGAGGGAGAUGAAGCUGUGGUGGAGAGUAAUGAGGAAGAUGUAGGAAGUUAUGAAGAAGACAGCAGCAGUCAUGGUGAACAGGAGGAUAAUCAUAUAUAAGAUUAUAAAAAAGAAAAGGAAGGUUCAUAGCAAGCAGGUCAUAAUACAGUAGUAGUUUGCUUUGCCUUUGUCUUGGUUUUCAGGAUCCUUGAUUUUGAGUGUUAGAACCUUGUAAUUUCAACAGCAAAAAAUAAUGCUUUGGUUGUCACUAGGAUGUGUAAUAGCUAUACAUAUAGAAUUCCGAGGAUGAUAGUAGCCAAAGUUGUGGAGUUGAACUCGACUUUUGGUUCCUAAUCUUGAAGGUUUUGAUUAAAAAUCACAUUCCCAAUUCCAGAAAUACUUACAUGCUGGACCAGAAUUCUUAGGCUGGUAGACCUAUGGAAUCAGUUCAAUAUUAUAUGAUUCAGUUACUCUUCUUCAAGAUUUAAUUCAGAAAUGCUUACGGCUGGAUCAGAAUUCUUAGGCUUGUAGACUCAAUUGAAUCAGUU